CAGUCAUAUCGAAUUGUUGGCAAUUUAAAUGCAAAGGAGAAAAUGGAAGCGUACAAAACAAGGAAAAUUCCUCCCAAGAAAUUUACAAGUAAAUUAAAGCCGAUUCCGAGGAGCUUUUUGUUAGACUUUCAUAUCGAUGAAGUGAGGGAGAAACGACAUCAUGAACUGCUCAAAAGGGCUGCCAAAAUUAACCAAAAUAAAAUAAGUAAAUUAAAAGCACCGCCGGACUUUUUGGACCUUCUACCCAUUCCCAAAUUGAAAAUGAUAGCUACUAUGCAACAAUAUGCCGGUAAGGCUCCCAUUCCUACCAUGACGAAAAAAACCGAAUCAAAGAUACUGCGCUGGGUUCAGCCACAUUUCAAAAAGAAAUACUCCAAUUACAUCAAGGAGUACAUGAAUGAUCUGCGAACCGAAUACGAUGAAGUGGUCAAAGAAUUCAGUUUACAUAAGAUGCUCACUUACAACGACGAUUAUCCGAUGAAAAAUCCAAAAUUUCGAUUUAAAUUCCUGGGUAGAACCGAUAACUACGGUCAAUUCAAAAGGAAUCGCGAGAAAAUCAAACAGAAACUUUUCAUCACGUAUCCGUUUAUUCGUUGCAUUUUGAACUACUCGCAGACUGAUUUUCCGGAAAUUCUGAACGACUACAGUUCCUACAAUUUUGAUAGCAAGGGAAAUUCGGUGUAUCUGACACCGAACGAAUUCAAAGCCAGAGUGGCUGAGGAUUUGCUCAACAAAACGCUAUUUCUCAAAAAUGCCUGGUAUCCGAAAAUUAUAAAUGUUUUCAAGAAAAAUCUUCGGAAAUACCGUCUCACACCGAACGUAUGGUACAGAAUAUUCGAUUGUGCCCAUGGUCUGAUCAAUCAACAAUUGAAUAUUGUCAAAAUUCGAACGUAUCAACACAUUUUCGAUAUUUUGCUGGACCGUGCCAGAACACCGAGAUUUCAAUUACAAACGGAAUGUAACGGAAAAGACAUAGACCUGUGUCCACAGUACAGUGAGAUAAACAUGCUGUUCACUAAAAUAUUCGAGGACAUUUCCAACGUUGGCAGUAAGCUUAUUCCAUUGGACCAAAUAAUAAAAAUUGGCAACGAAAUGCCAGCAGCGAAAAGUGAAUAUAUUCCCAUCACUAUCGGUGACUCAUUUAUGAAAGAGAUGCAUGAAGAGCUGGACAGGUCGUUACUUCAAGCAUACACUCCGAUAUUAGUGUACUUAACCGAGUUUCGUUGCAAGUACGUCGACCUUUACGCAGAUGAAACCCAAAUUCAAAUCGAAGAAUUUGUGUCAGUUCCUAGAGAUAUCACCGUCUACCUAGAUAAGAUCAAAGUUUUCCAAGACUUUAUCAGCAAGCUACGCAGUCAACCGGUCAACGAAUAUUUCAUUAUCGCAAUUGUUAAUCAGGCAAAGGCCAUAGCCGGACUGAGAUGCAUUGCCACCGAAUUUAUCGAGCGUAUCACCUCGAAAAUUGUCGCCGAGCAUACUCUUGAGUGUAAAAAUAUUUGCAAAUUCUUUGAAGAUGUGGAAAGCAAAUCGAAAGAAGUACCAACAACAACAGAACAACUAUUGGAAGGAGGUGAAUUUAUGACACAAGUUAAGACGGUGCACAUGAAAGAGAUGCAGCUAAGGAUCGAAGAGAAUAUUCGGGUGAAUGGUCUGUUGGUUGACUUGACGGAACUCAGCCAAGAUCAUUUCGACUUGCAACAAAGGACAAUCAAUUUGUUCAACAACAUGUACAACGUUUUCGAAGAGAAUGCAGCAUUUUUCGAAGCUUACAAAAUACAAUUCGAAGAGCAUUUACAAACGGUUACUCGCAGGAUGAAUGAAGACAUGGAAAAUCUUAUACCGAGCAUUUCGAUAAUAAACGAAAUGAGUGAAACAGAAAAGCUCAGCGAAUACCAUAUCAUUCUGAAGAAUUUCAUCGAAAAUUUAAAAUGUUUCGACGACUACAUUGUAUGGAUAAACAAAGAGGAAAAACUGUUUAAGCUGCCCGUGUCCAAAUACGAAAUGUUGGAGCAGAUUAAGAAUUUCAUAUUUCCAUUUGAGAAUUUGAUUAGGCUAUGCAUUCGAUGGUUGCGUUAUUAUUACAUUUGGAUGGAUGGACCGUUUGAGUAUUUGGUACCGCAAUUCGUUGAAUCGACGGUGGAGGAAUUCAUGAAAGAGUUCUUGUCCAUUCAAAAGUAUUACAGAAAUCGAAUUAAACAGGACAUGGUCGGCAAUCCCAUUUGCAAAUUCAAAGGUCAAACCGAAGAUCCCGAUCCAGAAAAACAUCCAGUACCACUAAAAUUGUGCCAUAAAAUGAUCGAAUGGAACAAGGGAUUUAGGCUUGGCGUUCACAUUGUAAAUAUAAUGUGCAAUCCAGCGCUAAAGCCGAGGCACUACGACGAAAUGUCCGAGGUUGUUGGAUUUGAUAUUACUCCGGAUGCUGGCACAACUCUGCGCAAAAUGACAAAGGCUGGCAUCGAAGGUAAACUUGAUAGUUUGGAGAUAGUGAGCGUCGGAGCCGAUAAAGAACUUCAAUUGCAAAAGAGUCUGGUGGCGAUGCAAAGUGAAUGGAACACCAUUGAUAUCCCCAUUGGGACGUACAAGGACACGAACAUUUCUAUUCUCGGAAAUUUCGAUGAUAUCCAAGCGGUUUUAGAUGAUCACAUUAUAAAAGCGCUUACGAUGCGAGGAUCGGCAUUCGUUAAGCCAUGCGAAUCGGAAGUGAGACAGUGGUACGAUAAAUUGUAUCGCGUCAAUCGAACGUUUGAAGAAUGGGGAAAGGUGCAAAUGAGUUGGCUGUAUUUGAAGCCAAUUUUCUCAUCAGAAGAUAUUGUAGCGCAAAUGCCACGCGAAAAUGAAUUGUACGUUCAAGUGGACAAGAUAUACCGAAAGUACAUUACCAACGCCUCACAAGAACCCUCACUUAUGCAAACAGCUCCGGUAUCGGGUCUACUAGAGGAAAUGGAAUCGGCGAAUGUGAUGCUAGAGGAAAUAACAAGUGGCGUCAAUCAAUAUCUCGAACGGAAGCGAUUAUAUUUUCCGAGAUUUUUCUUUUUGUCCAAUGACGAAAUGCUGGAAAUUCUUUCCGAAACGAAGAAUCCAUUACGCGUUCAACCCCAUCUGAACAAGUGCUUCGAGGGAAUCUAUCGGUUGAUCUUCGAUGAUAAGCUAGACAUUGGCGCUAUGAUCAGUAGCGAAAAGGAGACCAUCAACUUUGUGACUAAGGUUUCCACAUCGGAAGCGAGAGGUAGCGUAGAAAAGUGGUUACUGCAAGUAGAAGAGCAAAUGCUCGCAGCUGUUCAAAAUGAAAUUGCGUUGAGUUUCGACGAUUACAAGACAACAGCUAGACCAAAGUGGAUUUUGAAAUGGCCGCAAAUGGUUGUUUUGUGCAUAUCGCAAGUGUAUUGGGCUCUGGACGUACACGAUUGCCUCAUCGGCAAAAACGGCUUGAAAGAGUUUUUCAAGAAAAUCCAAACAGAUUUAACAGAUAUCGUGGCCCUAAUUCGCUCCAAGGAUUUAAGCAAUUUGAGCCGAAACACAAUCAAAUCUCUAAUUGUUAUUGACGUCCAUGCCAAAGACGUUGUUGAAGAUCUGGUAAAUAAGGAUGUUUCUUCUCUGGAUGACUUUACAUGGUUGGCACAACUUCGAUAUUAUUACGAGGACAGUGUCACUCUCGUUAGAAUUAUCAAUGCAACGGUAAAGUUUGCGAAUGAAUACCUGGGAAACUCAGAGAGAUUGGUCAUCACUCCCUUGACAGAUAGGUGUUACAGAACUUUAAUAGGUGCUUUUCAGUUGCACUUAAACGGUGCACCGGAAGGACCGGCCGGAACUGGAAAAACGGAAACAACCAAGGAUCUUGCCAAGGCGUUAGCCGUACAGUGCAAAGUGUUCAACUGUUCAGACGGGCUAGACUAUAUCGCGAUGGGAAAAUUUUUCAAGGGACUUGCAAGCACAGGUGCCUGGGCAUGUUUUGACGAAUUCAAUCGAAUCGAAUUGGAAGUGUUGUCCGUUGUAGCACAGCAGAUCUUGUGUAUUAUGUCUGCAGUUAAAGCUGGUAUGGAAGAAUUUUCUUUCGAAGGGACGACUCUCUCUCUCAACCCAAGUUGUUACAUUUGCAUUACGAUGAAUCCUGGUUACGCAGGACGCAGUGAAUUGCCAGAUAACUUAAAGGUUCUAUUUCGAACUGUUGCUAUGAUGGUACCCGAUUAUGCAAUGAUUGGUGAGAUUUCUUUGUAUUCCUAUGGCUUUACGGCAGCUAGAAGCUUGGCUGUUAAGAUCGUGACGACUUACCGACUUUGUUCGGAGCAACUGUCGACACAAAACCACUAUGACUAUGGAAUGAGAGCUGUAAAGACCGUGCUAGUAGCAUGUGGAAAAAAUAAGGCAGAUUUUCCGGAUGAACCAGAAGACAGUUUGUUGCUUCGGUCAAUCAUGGAUGUUAAUUUGCCAAAAUUUCUCUCGUUCGAUAUCCCCUUGUUUAGAGGCAUAAUCUCAGAUUUGUUUCCUGGUGUAAGCCUUAUGAAGACUGACUAUACACAAAUGGAACAAAUGUUCCGGGAAACAUGUAAGGAACUCAACUUGCAGCCAGUGGACUGUUUCUUCGAAAAAAUUGUGCAAACCUUUGAAAUGAUGAUUGUUCGACAUGGUUUUAUGAUGGUGGGACUACCAUAUGCUGGCAAGUCGACUACUUUGAAAGUACUCAGUAUUAUCCUCUCGAAAAUAAAGGAGACAACAAACAGUCCAUACUAUCAAGACUGUGACAUCGAAAUUCUCAAUCCGAAAGCAAUAACAAUGGCACAAUUGUAUGGAGCCUUCGAUCCGUUGUCGCUAGAGUGGGUUGAUGGAGUCGCUUCGACUAUGUUUCGAAAUUUCGUUGUCGAUGAGUCAUCAAAUCGUAAAUGGUUAAUCUUUGACGGCCCAAUCGAUGCAGUGUGGAUAGAAAAUAUGAAUACCGUCCUCGACGAUAACAAGAAGCUUUGCUUAACGUCCGGUGAAAUAAUUACCAUGAACUCAAAGAUGUCAAUGAUCUUUGAAGUGAUGGAUUUGGCACAGGCAAGCCCGGCAACUGUUUCCAGAUGUGGAAUGAUAUUUAUGGAACCCAUUUCAUUGGGAUGGAAAGUAUUUGCCAGAAGUUGGCUUAAUCUUUGCAAUCCGUCGUGGGUAGCCGAUGCCGACAAAAUCAUAAUGGACCUCUUGGAAUGGGUGAUCCCACCAUGUAUAUCCUUCAUAAAACGAUCUUGCACUCAACUCAUUAAGCCCGGUGAAUUCAAUCUGUUAACGACCACGCUCAGCAUGUUUCAAAUGUUAAUGGACGACGCGAUAGAAGAGAAUGCGGACGACUUUGCAAAGUUCUUGUUCAACUGGUAUCAAGCUGCAAUUAUUAUGAGUGUUGUGUGGGGCUUAGGAGGACUGUUAGAUAUCAAUUCAAGAGAAUCAUUCGAUGCAUUUUAUCGAGAGAUUUGGUCACUGAACUCUCCGGAUUAUCCUCCACCACCAAGCUGUAAGGCUAAAUUGGACAUUACCAUACCGUUGGAGGGACUCUUUUGCGAAUAUGUGUACAUAUUCAAGCAGAAAGGAGCAUGGAAAUAUUGGCCCGAUUUGAUUAGACGCAAUGAACCGGAGGUUAGUGCGUUAGGAAUACAAGUGCCUACGAUAGAUACUGGUCGAUAUAAUUAUUUGCUGGAAAUGCACACAAAGCACAAGAAAAAAAUGUUACUUGUCGGUCCGACCGGAACCGGUAAAAGCUUUUGCACCCAGAACUUGUUGAUGAAUACUUUGGAUGCGGAAUUAUAUGCACCGGCUUUUAUGACAUUUACCGUUUCGAUCAGUGCAACUCAAACGCAAGAUCUGUUGAUAUCAAAGUUGCAGAAAUUUAAGCGCGGAAAGUAUGGUCCACCGAAAGGCAAAACUUGUGUGAUUUUCGUUGACGAUAUGAACAUGCCAAAGAAAGAAAUUUACGGAGCGCAACCACCAAUCGAAUUACUGCGUCAAUAUUUCGAUCACAAGUAUUUGUUCGACAAAGACACGUCCAAGUUGAAUUUGUACGACCUACUCAUACAUGUUGCUUGCGGUAUACCCGGUGGUAGUCGACAAGACGUUUAUUCGAGAUUCACAUCUCAUUUUAAUUGUUUCUCAAUCAACGAAUUCACUGCCGACACAAUGCUUCGAAUUUUCUCUAAUGUGUUGCUGAUGGGAUUGAAGAAAGUUGGUCAUGCUAUGGAUGUUAUAGGAACCGUUACGCAGAUAGUGAAUGCAACCUUAUAUGUGUUCAACAGUUCCUGCGUAAAUCUGAAACCGACUCCAGAAAAAUCACAUUACAUUUUCAAUGUUAGGGACAUUGCUCGUGUCUGUGCUGGAUGUUCUAUGCUUCGCAAAGAAUCCGUUGACAACAAAAAGAUUUUCACUAAACUCUGGCUGCAUGAAACGUUGAGAGUUUUCUACGAUAAGUUGGUCAACGAAACCGAUCGGAUAUGGUUGAUGCAAACUGUCGGCGACUGUAUCCGUGAUUACUUCAAAGACAAACUGGACAAUUUAUUCGAUGUAAUAUCGUCGGAGGCAACACCUGCGCAGGUACGAGACGCUGCCAAUAAUUUACUGUUCGGAACGUACUUGGAUUUGGACUCUGAACCGGGUGACAGGAAGUAUGAAGAGAUCUCUCAUUUGGAUAAAUUGAGCGAAAUAGCAUACACUAACUUGGAGGAGUACAAUGCCACGCAUAAAACUAAAAUGGAUAUUGUGCUGUUCUCGUACGCACUUCGUCAUUUGAAUAAAAUAUGUCGUAUUAUGUCUCUGCCAGCUGGAUCGGCAUUGCUCAUAGGAAUGGGCGGUUCCGGUAGACAGACGCUAACAACACUAGCAGCAAAAAUUUGCCAACAACAUCUAUUCCAACCGGUCAUCACGAAAAACUAUGAUGUGAAGGAGUGGCGUGACGAUAUUAAAAAAGUGCUGAAGGAGUCGGGCGGAUAUGGAAAGGACACCAUUCUGUUAAUUGCUGAAAAUCAAAUAAAAAAUCCAGUUUUCCUAACCGAUAUUGACUGUUUGCUCAACUUGGGAGAAGUACCGAAUAUUUGGCCGAUUGACGAACGCCAAGAAAUUCUUGAGCUUGUUCGACUGGCCGCACAGGGUGGUAAUCGUAAUAUUGAUAUCAGUCCACUACAAGUAUUCUCAUACUUUGUGAAUCGAUGCAAGCAAAAGUUGCACAUCGUUUUGUGCUUCAGUUCGAUUGGAUCGUCGUUGCGUAAUAAGAUUCGAAUGUAUCCAUCGCUAGUGAAUUGCUGUACCGUAGUUUGGUAUGAAACGUGGCCGGAUGAUGCUCUGCAAAUGGUUGCAUCCAAAUACAUGGAAAGCAUUAAUGUCGAAGAUAAUAUGAAGGAAUCGAUGGUGGUCCUGUGUCAGCACUUCCAUGUAACAGCAAAAGAAGCUUAUCGGAAAUUUUACGAAGAAACUGGUCGUACCGUGUACUUAACUUCAGCCUCAUUCCUCGGACUUAUCAAGUCGUUCAUUAGCCUAAUCAAUAACAAACAAACUGAAACGAUGAACGCCAAAAUGAGAUACGUCUGCGGUUUAGAAACUUUGCAGCGUGCAGCUGAAGCUGUAGCUAUCAUGCAGAGAGAUUUAAAUGAAUUCCAACCGAAACUGAAACAGAUGGCAGAGAACAGUAAAGUCAUGACUGCUGAAAUCGAACACAAUACUAUUGAGGCAAGCCUAGCAACAGAGCAAGUAAAGCGAGACGAAGUUGUUGCCAAUGCACAAGCCGCCGAAGCACAAGCUAUGGAAGAUGAAUGCUCCAAGGACCUGGCUCAAGCUGUACCCGUCCUGGAAGAAGCUGUUCAGGCGCUCAACACUCUGAAAAAUUCCGAUAUUACAUUGGUCAAGUCAAUGAAAAAUCCACCGUUUGCUGUGAAACUGGUCAUGGCUGCUGUUUGUGUUAUGAAAGGUGUGCCACCUGAUCGUAUUAAUGAUCCAGCCACUGGAAAGAAAGUUGUAGAUUACUGGGGUCCAUCCAAGAAAAUUCUCGGUGAUAUGGCCUUUUUGCAAUCGUUGAAAGACUACGAUAAAGACGACAUUAGUCCCGAGAUUAUAGCCAAAAUUCGGAAGGACUUCAUUCCCAAUAAGGACUUUACUCCGUCCGUAGUGGCUAAGGCUUCGAGUGCAGCUGAAGGUCUGUGCAAAUGGAUUAUCGCGUUGGAUCUAUACGAGGCUGUGGCCAAGGUUGUUGCCCCGAAAAAGGCUAAGCUGAACGCUGCCAAACAAAUUCUCACCGAAACGAAAAAGAUAUUAGCGGAAAAAAGACAAUUGGCGUCGGAAUUAGAGGCGAAUGUGACGAAACUGAAUCUGGAUUUGGCUGCUGCAAAUGCAGAAAAACAAAGACUAGAAGAUGAAGUGGAACUCUGCACUAACAAGCUUCGCCGAGCCGAAAGCCUGAUUAGCGGUCUGGGCGGUGAACGAUCCAGAUGGAGUAGAGCUGCAGAACAUCUUCAAUCCAUUUACGAUUCAUUGCCUGGAGAUACACUGAUCUCUAGUGGAAUCAUUGCAUAUUUGGCUCCUGUUUCAUUAUCAAUUCGUGAAGUAUGUGUCGCUGAUUGGUUGUCGCUGUGUAAAAAGCUGAAAAUUUCAUGCUCUGACAAUUUCGGCUUGAUGGCCGUGCUUGGGCUCGACCAUCAAAUUCAAAAUUGGCAUGUAGCUGGGCUACCACGUGAUCCUUUCUCCAUUGAAAACGCCAUCAUCAUGAACAAUUCGAAUCGGUACAGCCUGUUUAUCGAUCCACAGGAUCAAGCUAACAAAUGGAUCAAAAACAUGGAAAAGCCGAAUCGGCUCAACAUAAUCAAAUUCACUCAGUCUGAUUAUAUGAAAGUGAUUGUAAGUGCUUUGGAAGUCGGUCGACCCGUAUUGUUAGAAGGAAUCGGAAACGAAUUAGAGCCACCUCUAGAUCCAUUACUCAGUCGAAAUACUUUCGUUUACUCCGGUGUGGAAUACAUAUCGCUCAACGACAAUGUCAUUCCAAUUUCGAAGAAUUUCCGGUUUUACAUGACGUCGAAUUCGCGGAAUCCAUCAUUUGAACCGGAGACAUUCACCAAAGUGACGAUAAUUAAUUUUUCGCUGACGCAACAAGGUUUGAACGAUCAGUUAUUGACGACAGUUGUGGCGAAAGAAAGACCCGAUCUGCAACAACUACUGGAAGAGGUCAUUGCCGAAAAUGCAAAGAAUAAAACCAAAUUGAAAGAAGUCGAAGACGAUAUUCUGUACACAAUGUCUAACAGCAAAAAAGACAUCCUCGAAGAUGAGUCAUCCAUAAAAAUUCUUGAUGACUCCAAGGUCAUUUCAGCUGACAUUAUUACUAAACAGAUAACGUCUCAGAAAACAUUGGCCCAGAUUGAAGAAUUUAGACAGCAUUACAAAACGUUUGCUGCACAUUCUUCAAUGCUAUACACUUCCAUAACAGAUCUACCGAACGUUGAUCCCAUGUACCAGUUUUCCCUGUAUUGGUACAUCAAUCUAUACAAAUAUUCCAUCGAGAAUGCCAAACGGUCUGUGGAUCAGAAGCAGCGGAUAAUUUUCUUGACAGAAGCGAUAACAAAGAAUCUCUACAGUGCCAUUUGCCGAUCCAUCUUUGAGAAGGAUAAGCUCAUGUAUUCGUUCAUUCUGUGCACCAAAAUAAUGAUUUCGGAAGGACGACUACUGACAAAUUUACUAAUGUUGUUACUGUCGGGAGGAGAUGCUGUCGAUUCAUCCAAAUCAAAACCUAAUCCAUCUCCCGAUUGGAUCACCGACAAAAUAUGGGACAACAUUUUGAAACUGAACAAUCUGGAUAACUUCAACGGUUUCACUGAUAGUUUUAUCGCCAACGUAAGCCAAUGGAAAGCAUUCUACGAUUCUCUAGACCCAGUUAUCGCAAGCCUUCCUGCUCCAUGGGAAAAGACAUUGAAUUCAUUUGAGAAGUUAGUAAUUCUCAACACCAUUCGACCGGAUAAAACAGCCGAUGGCAUCAAAAUGUUUGUAUCGAAGGAAAUGGGCACGGAAUUUGUGACACCUCCCCAAUUCGAUAUCAGCCGCUCGUUUCAGGAUGCAACCUGUUUAACUCCGUUGAUAUUUGUGCUGUCGCCCGGGGCUGAUCCGAUGAAUUCCUUGCUGAUAUUUGCUGAGAAAAUGGGUUACAUCAAAACAUUUCAGUCAAUUUCUUUGGGUCAAGGUCAGGGUCCAAUUGCACAGAAAUUGAUCGAAGACGCCCAGGAUAAAGGAUCUUGGGUAUGCUUACAAAAUUGCCAUUUGGCGGUUUCAUGGAUGCCAACACUGCAAAUGCUGUGGGAAAAUAUGGACUUUAAUAAUACAACGCUCUCAUUCCGCUUAUGGUUGACGUGCUAUCCUACCCAGGAUUUCCCGACUCCUAUAUUACAGAAUGGCGUCAAAAUGACAAACGAGCCACCCAAGGGACUGCAACAAAAUAUGCUGCGUACUUACAUGUCAGAACCGAUGAAAAACGCAGACUUUUACAAUGGCUGCCCAGGCAAAGACAACGCUUUCGCUCGAUUAUUAUUCGGUAUAUCAUUCUUCCAUGCUGUUGUGCAAGAACGUCGAAAGUACGGCUCCAUCGGGUGGAAUAUAUCAUACGAAUUCAACGACUCCGACUUCCAAAUAUCAGUCAUGCAACUACAAACGUUCCUAAAUCAGUACGAGAAAAUUCCCUACGCAGCUAUAUGCUACUUGACUGGUGAAUGCAACUACGGUGGUCGCGUAACCGACGUAUGGGAUCGUAGAUUAAUUGUCGAUUUGUUGGCUGAUUACAUCAAUGCGGACGUCGUCAAAAAUUUGACCUAUGAAUUUGCUGGCCAGGAAAAAUUUGUUCUCUGGAGGAAAUUGGAACAUCCAGAACUGGUGAAAUACAUCCAUGGAGUCAUACCGAACAAUCCAAGCCCCGAGGUGUUUGGAUUGCAUCCGAAUGCCUGUAUCACACAAGAAUUGAAUACGUCGCAGAAGUUAUUGAGUUCGAUGUUAAUGAUCCAAGGAAAGGGUAGCGAUACGUCUGCCGAAAGCUCGAAUUCGAAACUGUUAGCUAUGGUUCUGGAUAUGCUCAAAAGACUGCCGCCGAACUUUGACAUUGAACUGUCGGAACAGAAGUAUCCGUUCAAUUAUAACGAAUCAAUGAAUACGGUUCUCACACAAGAGAUGAACCGUUUCAACCGACUUCUGUCCAUCAUUCGAAAAUCAUGUUCGGAUCUGGAGAAAGCCAUUAAGGGCAUACUGCCAAUAACACCGGAAUUGGAAAUACUCGGCAGUUCAUUGGAAUUCAACAAAAUACCCGAUGUUUGGAUGAAGGCAUCGUAUCCUAGCAUCAAACCGGUCGCUUCUUACAUUCAAGAUUUUUUGCGACGUCUGCACUGGCUGGAUGACUGGUAUCAAAACGGAAAGGGUUCCACAUUUUGGCUGGCUGGAUUCUAUUUCACGCAGGCAUUUUUGACUGGAGUCGUACAGAACUACGCUCGAAAGUAUAAGAUUCCAAUCGAUACUCUUACCUUUGACUUUAAUGUCCUGCAAAGUGAUAAAAUGGACACGAAUCCCGCAGAUGGCGUUUAUGUUAAUGGCAUUUUUAUUGACGGUGCCAGAUGGGAUAAAAGCCGGGGCGUUCUAGCAGAACAAAGACCAAAAGUUCUUAUCGAAGGAAUGCCUACCAUCCAUUUGAUACCAAUAAAGAUAUUGAACCUUCCCAACGAUUCUCGCUACAAAUGUCCUCUCUAUAAAACGACUGAACGGAGGGGUAUUUUGUCGACAACGGGACAUUCAACGAAUUUUGUUCUGCAAAUGUUACUUAAGACCAAUGAAGACGCCUCACAUUGGAUCAAAAGGAGUGCGGCGUUAAUUUGUCAGACUAACGAUUGAAUUGGAAAUAAAUCUUUAAUCGAUCUCGUUCCAAUCUAAC